CUAUAAUGACCUUUGACCUUUACACCAUUUCCGUGUCAGCUUAUGAUUUUGUUCGAACUUCCAACACGUCUUGAGACUUCAAAAGAAGAAACCUUUUACCCACCUUCCCUGAUACCGUGUGGAUGUAAAGCAGCCGUUUAGCAUGCUCAGACAACAGGAGUUCAUCUGUGGCCUCUCGCACGAGGUGACCAUAGCAGUCCUCCCCAGACUGAACAUGGAGGAGCUGAUGUUCGAACUCAACAGACGGAUUCAAAACCUGGACAAAGAGAACAGCAUCAAGGACAGGCUGGUCAGUAUCCUUAGGGAUGUGAUGUUGGAGGAAUAUCGUCAAUUGGAAAGAGUAUCAGAAGUAAGUUCUCCAGACGAUACUACCAUACCCAUACAAGACCAGGAGACAGCUACCAUGCAAGAGAAUGUUUUGACUGCGUACACUGAAACAAUGUUAUCAGAGACGUCAAAUUCUGACACCUCACAGCAGAGUUCUGGACUGGACAUUGUGAUCAAGAAGGAACGCGAUGCAAGCAGUGACUUGCUCGUGCCCCAGUUUGAUACAGAGCAGGCACAACAAGAUCAACUUUGUGACAUUCCCAGUCCACUGACAGGUUCACCAUCCAUUCCUUCAUGUCAAACACCCUUGACACAAAUGAAUACCAUAAUUGACUCUUGCGUUAAAGAAGAAGAUGUUGCUAUGCCAACUGAAGAUGAAACAGCUACAGCUUAUCAUGAUGAGCCCGACAUCCACACCCCUGUAUCCAAUACUCAGGUGCCCGAUAUACUUAAUCCAGUGAAUACUUCUAGCACAGAGAAGCCCAUGGAAAGCGAUACACCCAUGGCUUUUUGUCAACUGCUUCCAGACCACAGUGACGUUCAUAUAAAGAUGGAAUGCCAUAUGUCCCAGGAUGAUCAGAACGGACAGAUUUCUCAACCGUCAAACCCGGAUCAAACUGAACACUAUACCGAUGACCGAGACACUGGUAUAAUCAACAGCGGACACGAGAAACGACAGACUAGAAAAGACAGUAGUGAGGAAACACCUUUGGCUCCUUGUCAACCGACUCCAGACCAGGAUUGUGAGAACAUGGAGUGCCUUCAUCCUGACAAUGGCUCACAAAUCGAUUCCAAACGCAACAUGUGCGAAUUAAAAACAUCAUUCGUAAACAGCUCCUCCAAGCACAGAAAACGUCAAAAAGGAGAAAAACCUUUCAUGUGCGGCGAAUGUGGUUAUAGGGCACCUUAUAAGUCCUGGCUUGUCGCACACAUGAGAACACACACUGGCGAGAAACCGUUCAAAUGUAAUCACUGCAACUACAAGGCGUCAUCUAAAAAAUAUUUAGUCCAGCAUAUGAAAAGACACACAGAUGCAGAACCUUACAGCUGCGAGCUUUGUGACUACCAGACCUAUCGAAAGUCUGACAUUGAAAGACAUAUGAUGUGCCACUCUGGUGUGAAACCCUACAAAUGUGAGGAAUGUGACUACAAGACGUGUCAAAAGACCAAUCUUACCAGACACGGGAGGCUUCACUUCGGUCAGAGACCCAACAGUUGACAAGAGUGUGACUACAAGACAAUGGUCAAGUCCAACCUCGUCCAGCAUAUGAUAAACAAGCACCAGUGAAACCAACUUGUCAGUUAUCAGCCAA